CAUCCGGCAAACCACAUGCCGGUGAAAUUUGCCCUCUUUUAACAGAUUUGAGAGAAGUGGAGAGAGAGAGAGAGAGAGCCAUGCGAUUCACAGAGUCACCAGUAAUCGAGCUGCCCGUACGCGACGCCCUGCUCUCCAUCCAACAAGACAACGGUUCCUUCCACGUUGGUACUACUGUCUGGCCCUGCUCUCUCGUCCUCGUCAAGUUCGCCGAGCGCUGGCUCACCCCUCUAACCACCACAUCCAACCCCAACCCAAACCCCUACGCCGCCCUCCUCGACUUCCACAACAAGCGCGCCGUCGAGGUCGGAGCCGGCUGUGGGGCCGCCGGCAUGGGGCUCCACCUCCUCGGCCUCCACAACAUCGUCCUCACCGACAUAGCCCCCGUCAUGCCCGCCCUCAAACGCAACCUCAAGUCCAACAAACCCGUCCUCGGUAAAACCCUAAAGACCACCCAGCUCUACUGGACCAACUCGGACCAAAUCAAAGCCCUAUCCCCUCCCUUUGACCUCGUCAUCGCCACCGACGUCGUCUACAUCGAGGACACUGUUGCUCCACUGGUCUCCGCCAUGGAGGCCUUGAUUGGGGACACCGGGACUGUCCUCCUCGGAUACCAAUUGCGGUCUCCGGAGGCUCACCAAUUGUUCUGGGAGAUCUGUGGCCGGGUUUUCGACAUCCAGAAGGUUCCACACGAGCAUUUGCACCCUGAAUAUGCCUACGAAGAGGCCGAUGUUUACAUUUUGCGAAAGAAAUUGUAGCUGUAGCACACAUAUCUGGACAUUUCUGGGAAGGGAUAAAGGAAUGUACUCGCUGCGUAUGAGGAUAUUUUGUGGAAUGAGGCAUUUGAUUACACACAUUUCCACUACGUUCCACCACAGCUAUUUUCAGACAUGUGACCAUCCCCCCUACAGACAAAAGUUUGGGACCCUUAUUUUUUGUUUUUUUUUUUCAAGCGCAGGUUCUUGCAGAAACUUCUGUUCGUUCCGUGUUCUCUGUUCUCAUCCAGGAAAAAGUAUCUUGUCCAAGGUUGAUCUAA